GAGCGGCAGCACAGUCUGGAACUCCAAGUUCUUCAGAGCUGAUCUGGUCCCGGGACAUGGCACACGCUGCUGUCUUCUCCAUGGAGCUGAGGCUUAUGUUCACCCCACAGUAUGGAACCCAGGACUAAGCUGGAAGACAACCCCUUCACCAUGGAUUCCUUCCAGAUACUCAACAACAGUUUAACAGAUGGCAACAGUAGCACCACUGGACAAAGCCCCAAGUGGUUGAUGGGAGCAGGUCUGACCUUUAUGAUCUUGAUCAUUGUUUUUGGAAACCUGAUGGUCAUCAUUGCCAUAGCCAAGACCCCUAGACUACAAACCAUGACCAAUGUCUUCAUUACAUCCUUGGCUUGUGCUGACUUGAUCAUGGGACUUCUUGUGGUGCCACCUGGUGCAACCUUGCUGGUGAGUGGGGUCUGGCUCUUUGAAACCACAGUGUGUGAACUCUGGACAUCUGUGGAUGUCCUCUGUGUGACAGCCAGCAUAGAGACCUUGUGUGUGAUAGCUGUAGACAGAUACAUUGCCAUCACUUCACCACUGAAGUAUGAAAUGCUAGUGACCAAGGUGAGGGCAAGGCUGGUGGUAUGUUUUGUUUGGGCCAUUUCUGCCUUGAUCUCCUUCCUACCUAUAAUGAAUCACUGGUGGAGGGACAAUUACAAUGAAGAAGCCAAGAAAUGCUAUGAUGACCCACAGUGCUGCGAAUUUGUCACCAACAUGUCCUAUGCUAUAAUUUCGUCCACAAUGUCCUUCUAUGUGCCCUUAGUCAUCAUGAUUUUUGUGUAUGGAAAAGUAUUUAUAGUGGCCACCAAACAAGUCAACCUGAUAGAAAAGGACAAAAUCAGGUUUAAUGGGACACCUGUGCCAUCUGCAAAGAGUGGCAGGACUUCCAAAAGAAGGCCAUCUGGGCUGCUAGCCAUCAAGGAACAUAAAGCACUCAAGACUUUAGGCAUCAUCAUGGGCACCUUCACCCUUUGCUGGUUGCCUUUCUUUGUGGCCAACAUAAUCAAGGUUUUCUGCAAAUCUUUGAUAAAUGACAGUGUGUUUCUGUUUUUGAACUGGUUGGGCUAUGUCAACUCUGGGCUUAACCCCAUCAUUUAUUGCAGAAGUCCAGAUUUUAGGAAAGCCUUCAAAAAGCUACUUUUUUGUCCUAGGACUGGAGACCAAAACAGACAUACCUUGCCCAAGGACCUCAAGAUUUCACAUUAUACUUCCAGCACCCAACUAGACUGUGAAGGGAACAAGCAUGUGACAGAUAGACAUGAAGGCAAUGGAAGCCUUAGUAGCAGUAGCCGGUGUAGUAGCAGGACAGAGGAGAGGAGCCUGAAGACUAGCAAUGGGAACUCCUACCAACAUGAGCAGUCUAAUAACAUGUGGAAGAAGACAUCUAAACAAUUAUAUCAACUUUGCUCUGACCAACAGUAAAUGUUCCACAAUCUGACUCAGGUAUAACAAUGUCUUUCCUGAAAGAUGGAAAUUCCGCAUUUUCCCAGAAGCCUUCUCUCCAAGUGUCCAAAUGUUUUAAGACAACAUCUAAUUUGUUUUAUCCACAUCAUCAUCAAACUCCAAGACUUUUGCAUUACGUGCUGAGUUUACUUGCACUUAUUCACCGUAACCACAUGCCUCAUAUAGUAAUUUUAUAGUUGAUAUUUUCAAGUAUGUUUCUCAGGAUCUGAUUAAAAGAUGCAUACCAUUAUUAUGUCUGAAACCACUGCUUUCUCUAUCCCUGGUCACUGCAGCAUUGGGAUAUCUGCUGCUUUUUUCUUUGAUUUAAUACUUUUUUAUGCCUAUCUGUGUGUUAUUGUUAGGAUUUUGGAAUUGGGUAUAGAGUGGCUACAUGUUUUUUUGUAUUGUAUAUAUAUUACCUGUAUCUGUCUGGGACCCCAAUGUUGAUUCUUUGUUCUUGUAGUGUUAUGUCUAAGCAAUUCAAAGUUCUGACCUGUGCAAUAUAACAUGAUCCCAUAUGAUGUAAUUUACAUAUAUGAUAUGUUACCAAUAAUAUUAUUUUGUAACUUAAACUAUAUGCGAUGCAUACAAAAUAAAGAAUAAGGAGGCUCCCUCUUUUGGGGAGACAUUAUCUGCUUUCGCUAA